AUGUCUGAUCUUCCAACCAAGCAAAAACUCUGGGGUGGCCGGUUCACAGGCAAGACGGACCCUCUUAUGCACGAGUUUAAUCAGUCACUGCGAUACGAUCGCCGCAUGCAUGCUGCCGACAUUGCUGGCUCUAUAGCAUAUGCGAAAAGCCUCGAGGGGGUGGGGAUCUUGACUGCGGACGAGCGCAAGCAGAUCGUCGACGGUCUCACAGCGGUGGGCAAAGAGUGGGAGCACGGCACGUUCGAAGUCCAGCCAGACGACGAAGAUAUCCACACCGCGAACGAACGCCGUUUGACAGAGCUCAUUGGACACCUCGGCGGCAAGCUCCACACGGGCCGCUCGCGCAACGACCAGGUCGCGACCGAUAUGCGCCUAUGGCUCCUAGGAGAGGUGCGAGCGGUUGAAGCGGGUCUGAAGGCACUCAUGCGCGUGAUGGUCGAGCGCGCGGACAAGGAGAAAGACAUCCUCAUGCCGGGGUACACCCAUUUGCAGCGCGCACAGCCCAUCCGAUGGUCCCACCUCCUGCUCUCGCACGCGUUCUCGUUCCGUGCGGAUCUUGAGCGCCUGCAGCAGCUCAUCCCACGCAUCUCGGUCCUGUCCCUGGGCUCCGGGGCACUCGCCGGGAACCCGUUCGCGGUCGACCGUGAGUUCCUAGCCAGGGAACUCGGCUUCGAUUCGGUCGCCGAAAAUAGCCUGUACGGGGUCAGUGAUCGUGACUUCAUCGUCGAGUUCAUGAUGUGGGCGAGCUUGGCCAUGACGCACCUCAGCCGAAUGGCCGAAGAUUUCAUCAUCUACUCGACCGCAGAGUUUGGUUUUAUCAGCCUCAGCGACGCGUACAGUACUGGAUCGAGCAUGAUGCCUCAGAAGAAGAACCCCGACUCUCUUGAGCUUCUUCGCGGCAAGUCAGGACGCGUUUUUGGCGACAUGGCAGGUUUCCUCAUGACGUACAAGGGUCUCCCUUCAACAUACAACAAGGAUCUCCAAGAAGACAAGGAGGCGCUCUUCGACUCUGUUGAUACCAUUUCCGCGUCUCUCCAAAUAGCUGAGGGCGUCAUUGCCACGAUGGAGGUGAACGGCGAUAAAAUGCGCGCUGCGCUAACUAUGGAUGUUCUCGCAACCGACCUCGCUGACUACCUGGUCCGGAAAGGGAUCCCAUUCCGCGAGACGCAUCACAUCUCCGGACGGGCGGUCGCUCUUGCCGAGGCGCGAAAGUGCCAGAUCAACGAGCUCAGCCUCGACGACUUCCGGCAGCUGCACGGGAAGUUUGACGAGGACGUGAUGCAAGUGUUUGACUUUGAGGCGAGUGUGGAGCGGCGGCAAGCGAUUGGAGGCCCGAGUCGGAAGAUGGUGGACAGGCAGAUUGCAGUUCUGCGCAGCGUGAUUGCGAAUUGA